AUGCCUUUGGCACCAAAUCUCCGGAGGAGUCGUCCAAAACGCCAAAACCUCGUUCACCACGCUCACAAAGGGAGGCAUGCAAUCGGCUGUCACAACCCAGAAAGCCGAAGAAGACGUUUUGAACAUUUAGACGAUGAAGAGAUGGAAGAGAUCUUGGCGAAUGGGUCAGACACGCCAGCGGUUCAAAUCAUUCCUUCGAUGUUGGCACAAUGUUCGCCACGCUUAGAGCGCAUUGAGGAGGAAGCUGAAGGCCCUCGGCGCGCUCGAGAGACAAAGGCCAGAGCCAAGGCUCUGGGCCUUCAGGGUCUUCUGCCGGGCUCUCGGGGCCUUAUGCGGCACCGGUUUGCCCCAGAAGAUAUGUCGAGCGAGUGGAAAGCAAGCAUCGCCCACGAGGUGCUCCCAAAAACGAACGUAAUGAGCUCAGCCUAA